AUGGCUACUCCAUUGUAUAGCUCAAAACUAUCAGGAUCAAAAUCCAAGAAUUGGAUUAAGGCUGGAUUAGCUGUUUUAUUUACCAAAGAAGGCAUUGAGCCUUUUGUUUAUGAUGAAAUAAAACAGUUCCAGCAGAAAUGUUUGAAAGACAUUAGCAACAACAAUGGAAUUCCUGCUGGUAGCACGUGUUUUAGUUGUUGUACAGAAAACGUUAUUGUUUGUCCUACGAAUAAAAUUUGUAAUGGAGGACGUGGGAAAUGCAAAUUCCACAGAAAUGCUGCAACGCAAUAUCUCCCGUUUGGCUGCCCUAACAAGAUAUGUAAUAAUUUCAAAAAUGAAAUCCAGAAUGCUCAUCGAUUCCACUGUCCAUCCUUUAAAAACACUGAUGCCACACAGUGGUGCACCAAUCCGUGGGAAGUUGCUAAAUGUUUCAUGCCACCUGACGGAUACAAGGAUGUGACGAGUGCAGCAGAAACGGAUUUCAAUGGUAUCAUCAGUGUAAUUAUCAACUAUAAAGCCUUUCAGUCGAAAGUUCAAGAUGACCUUUCCAAAACAUGCAGCAUUUUUGCACAGGGUAGAGAGAUAGGCAAAGCAGUUCGCCAUUCCCCACAAUUAGAGGUGGAGGAUACAGAUCUACAACAGUAUUUUACUGAUUUACUGAAUCUGCUGUCAGAUCCUGCAUAUCUGUCUACUAAUACCGAUGCGAAGAAUGCUAAAACGAAGUUAUUACAGUGCCUCGUAAAGUAA